AUGAGUAGACAGCCGCGAAGGCGGAGCGCCCAUUUGGCCAAGAUCAUGCCGCUGCCAAGCAGACCACUACAUUUUCUAGUCGUUUUACUCUAUUCUACAUACUUUUUCCAAUCAUCGGACGCCAAUACCAAAUCGCUUAUCGACGGAUUGAUGGAUGCGUCCCUGCGUUCACAUCGAGUCCAAGCAUGCGACGGAGAGAAAGUAACGUUGCACUGCCCUCGUAACACUCAUAUUAUGAUAGAGACAGGCUUCUAUGGAAGAGUCGUUCCCGAAUCACAACUGUGUCCAGGUCGAAUACCCGGGCGGAAGGGUUACGAUGCCACGUGUGACGUUAUUCAGGCGAAAUCGAAACUGAAGAGCUCUUUGCAGCGUCUAUCCGAGCUAUGCGACAAGAAACGUAAAUGCACCGUCUACGUGGAUACAACCACGUUUGAGGACGAUCCGUGCCCAUCGACGUCGAAAUAUCUCCAGAUGAGCUACAAAUGCCGACCUAUACUUUUCGAUGGAGAAUCGUUUUGUGAAGGAGCGGAAAUGCAGUUGGAAUGUCGCGAAGGAAGACGACUUGCAAUCUACUCGGCCACCUAUGGACGUAGCGCUCGUGGUCAAGCUGCCCAUUGUACAGCUCCUGUACAUUUCGGAAGAGAGUGCACUCAGGAUGUGCUACCAAUUCUUCUCACGAAAUGUCACGCUCAACCGGGAUGUUCGCUAACUGUGAACUCGGAAACGCUUGGAUCACCGUGUCCGAAGGAUGUGCCUUCCUAUCUCAGCAUUUUGUUCAUGUGUGUGAAUGAAGAGGUCUUCAGUGAGGAUGCAAUAAAAGGAGAACUUGAAUCAUUGCAAAAAUACAUAAAGGAAAUGCAGGAAGCAACAACGUUUCCUACAUUGGAUGACGGAUGGGAAAAACUUAGCGAGAAGCACAUAGAAAUAGAACCUAAACUGGUCGCGCCCAGUCUAACCACAACGAAAUCCGAGCCAAUGUUCAACAACGACGCCGGCUACGUCACUGAGGAUCGUUACAGUCUUUCGCACGAAUUGAACAAGAACGUGGAUUCGAAAAAAGACGAAGAAUUUGAUCAAAAUCAAGGCGAGGUCGAUGCGAAUUUGAUCGGUAUUACGCAUGACAUCAUGGUUGCGAUCAGUUUCGUCAAACAAAACAAGGAGAAGGCUCUGGUGUGCGUGGUUCUUUCGGCAUCUUUGGCCCUCAUUCUGCUGCUGAUCGCAUGCAUCCUGCAACAGUUCUGCGGCGGUCGACGAAAAGACAAACGAGUACCGUACUCGAUAGAAAGAAGCCAAUUGAUUGCGAAGAGUAAUCCUAUUCUGGAUGGACCACCAUCGUUGGUGGAGAUGGGCGAUUUCGAGUCGGAAACGUUCCUACGCUACUCGCUUUCAACGCCACCGCGUUCAUCACACUACGAUUUCUAG